AUGCGACGGGAACGCCCGGGCGGCGGUCAGCGCGAGGGCACGCGCGCCCGGCCGCCGACACCGCCCGUCGGGCCGCGGGCGGGGGACGCGAAGAGCGCCACGAGCGGUCGAGACUCGGGCCGUGACACGACACAGGCCAGCCUCCGGAGCACAGGGGCCGGGGGGGGCGCGAGGCCCCUCGGCGCGCAGCAGCGGCAGGCGACACGCAAGCCGCCCGAGCGGACAGCGGACACCGCCAGGCCAAUGGCGCGGCACGGGGACCGCUGCCAGAAGCCCCCCGCGGGCCGGCCACCGGAGACGGACACUCGACACGCGCCGCGCGGCGGCACGGCACGCAAGCCACCGCCGGGCACUAUGGCCCAGGCCGACGCGCCCCCCCACACGCGCCUCGGCAGUGGGGGGCCGCCCCGCGGGGAAGCGACGCCCCCGCGCCGGAGGGAGGCCCCCCCGGCCAACGCACGCCCGGCCGACAGGCAGCGGGAUACGCCCGAACACGUCGGAGGUGCCAGGGAGGGGGGGAGGAACCCAGAACCCCACGCCUGCGCCCGGAGCCGGGGCAGAAGACGGAGCCCCCGCGCAGGUAGGGGGCAGGGCCGCCGCCGAGAAGACACCCUGCCCACCCCGACGUGGCACGAAGCGGCGCCCCGGACGGCGCGGCCCUACAGGCGUAGGCCGCAGCAAGCGCCCAGCGCGACGGCGCCGCCCGGGAAGGGAGACACGGGGGGUGGGCCAGGGCCCCCCCGAGCCGCAGGACGCCAGAUCCGGCGGGCAUCGCGGCGCCGGCCCCCGGCCCCCAGCGAGGGCUGGCCAGGGAUACCACCCUGGAGGCCCGGCGACCGCGGCGGACGCGUGGCCGCCGGGGGCCGCCCCCGGCGGCAGCUGGCUGGCGCAGCGGCCGGUGGCCGGGACGGGUCGGCGGGGCCGGGCCCCUCGGGGGGGGCGCGGCGCCAGGGGAGUCGGAGGGAGGGCCGAGCGCAGCAAGCCGGAGCGCAGGGCGGGGCCAGCCCGGGGGGGGCCCCGGCCCGCGUACCGUCGCCGCGGCGGACGGACCCGGGAAGCGGACGGCGGGACUGCCGUCGCAACGGGGGGCGUCAGCGCCGGAGGACGGGCGGAAGCGUGGCGGGCCGCGCGCCCCGCCCGCAGGGGGAGAAGGCACAGGCCCCCGACAGGCAGUCCCAGGGAGCGGGGGGCACCCCCCCGGCGGGCCCAACCCGGCGGCACCACGCGCCGCUGCCCCGCGAAACCGGGGCGCCCGGGGCCGGCACGCCCCCAGCGCGCGGAGCCCCCGGGCCCGACCCGGGCCCGACACGGCGCGCGGCAACCGGCCGCCCAGCCAGCACCCCAGACGCAGCCCGCGCGCAGGCGACAGCCGCGGCCGCACAACGUGAGAGCCUCGACGCAGCGCUCGAGCGCGGAGGGGCGCAGCCGGGCCGAGGGGAGGGGCCGGACGGGGCUGGACACCCCAGGGAGAACACGUGCCUGAGACCUCCCACGGGGGGGGGAGUACCGCGGGGCCCGGGGCGACGGCCCGCGGGCGCCGGAGGCCCCGAGCCGGGCGCCCCCCGUAGCCCGCGCCGGGGGGGCACGGCACGGCGCCGGGGGGGGGCGCAAACCCGGAGCGUGCGGCAGCAGACACGGCGGGGGGCGGAGUGGGGAACAGAAGCGCGGUACGGGGGCCCUCCGACAGCCCCGCCGGCUAGACCCCAGGCAGCCGGCGAGGCGGCCGGGGACGCCGCCGGGGAGCGGGGGUUGGGAGCGUGGGCCCCAAGCGGCAGGCAGCCACGACGCCCCCGGCCUAGCAGCACCAAGCACGCCGAGCGAACCAGCCCAAGGGCGCUCGCGCCUCAGCCCCUCGUACGAGUCGCCCGCCCCCCGACCGCCGGCCCUGGUGACCGCCCACGCCCGCCCCCGGCGAGGUGGGCGCCACGGGCACGGAAAGGGGGGACCACAACGGAGGCCAGACGGGUUGGGAGGGAAGCAACGCGGGCACACGGUGGGCUCCGGCGGCUGUGCCCCACCGCACGGGGGACGGAGGCGAGCGGCGGCGCGCCGCACGCCCGGGGGUGGGGCGCUGGGCGCCGGCAGCCAGCACAACCUCCCAAAACCCCGACCACGGCGGGGCGGCCGCGGGCUGUGGAGGCAGGCAGAGGGACCAGGCGCGCACCACCAGGGGACCGGCCCCAACGCCCGCGCGCCCGGGAUACGAAGGGGCGGGUGGGGGGGAAGCGGGCGCAACACCGAGCCGGGGGGGUACCCGUCCCGAGCAGGCGCAAGGAGGCGGGGGCAGGGGGCCGCGGGCGCCACGUUGAGCACGGCACCCGACCCCCGGACCCACCCGGGACUCGCCCUAGCGCGGCGCGCCCAAGCCGGAAGGGUGGCGGGGGCGAGACCGAAGGCGAAAUCGCACGGAAGGUUCGCGGAGGGGGUGGGCAGGGGGCGGCCCCCGCCGCCGCAAACCGAAGGGGGACGGCGAGGGGGACCCGCAGCGCCGCCCCGGCGGGGGGGUCGAAUGGAAGGGAGGGCUCAGUGUCGCAGCAGGAGCCAGCCGCAUCGGCGGCAGAGGGGUACGAGACGACCCGGGGCUAG